AUGGAUGUAGGAGAAAAAUUCCGCAGCAGAGCGCUGAAGUUCCCUGGACUUAUUUCGGGGUCUACAAUGGAUUGGUUCCAGAAAUGGCCUAGGGUUGCGCUUAUUGAAGUGGCACUUCACUUCUUGUCCGAUUUUCAUGUGGUAUGUUCAGCGGAGACAAAACAACAGCUGAUUGAGAUAAUGGGUAUGGUUCAAGAUAAUGUGGCGGACACUUGCUUAACGUACUAUGACAGAUUUAGGAGGCAGACCCAUGUCACUCCUAAGUCAUAUUUAUCGUUUUUGGAGGGCUACAAAGUGCUGUAUAAAGAGAAACAUGUACAAAUUGCCGAGAUGGCGCGCAGAAUGACAACUGGCCUGGAUAAACUGGUAGAAGCGGCAGCUAGCGUAGACGUCUUAAAAAAGGAGUUGGAACUGAAAGAGUUGGAAAUUAAGGAGGCUACAGCAAAAGCUGAAGAGGUGUUAGCUGCGGUGGCGGAAUCGGCCGCUGCAGCUGAAGUGGUGAAAGCCGAGGUGAUGGAUGUGAAGGACCGCGCCGUGAAGCUCGUCAGUGUGAUAGCUGCUGAGACCGCUGUGGCAGAAGAAAAACUGGCCGCUGCCAAACCCGCUCUUGAUGCUGCUGAGGCCGCGUUACAGACAAUUAAUGCAGCUGAUAUUGCAACGGUGAGGAAAUUGGGUAAACCGCCGUAUUUGAUUACACUUAUUAUGGACGCUGUCAUACUGUUGUUCAGAAGGAUCGAUCCUAUUAAGCCAGACCCUGAGACAUUUUUAACGGCUUCGUGGGCUGAGUCGCUGAAGGUUAUGGCAGAUUCGAGGUUCCUAAAUAAUCUCAAAUUCUAUCCCAAAGACGAGAUCAAUGCUGAAAUGAUUGAUUUGUUGCAACCCUACUUCGGUUUCAGCGGGUACACGUUUGAAGCGGCGAAGGUAGCUUGCGGUAAUGUAGCCGGUUUGAUAUCAUGGACUAUCGCUAUGGCUCAAUUUUAUUCGGUCAAUAAAGAUGUAUUGCCGCUAAAAGCUAAUUUAGCUAUAAUGCAAGGCAAAUAUCAAUCAGCUAAGAAAGAGUUAGAGGCUGCUGAAGCUCAGUUAGCGGCUAAAGAGCUGGAGUUAGCUGAAGUCCAAAAAAUGUUUGACGAAGCGAUGACGCUCAAGCAAGCGGUGUUGGACGACGCGGCCAAGUGCCAGCAGAAGAUGGACGCCGCCACCGCGCUCAUUAAUGGGCUCAGUGGCGAGCGAGUCCGCUGGACUGAACAGUCAGCGUUGUUCAAGUCGGAAAUUGAGCGGCUGGUUGGCGAUAUACUGUUGCUUACAGGGUGUAUUUUGUCAUAUUCUGGACCCUUCAACCAAGAAUUCCGAUCUUUGCUAAUAAGUAAUUGGUUGACUGAAUUAUUGAGAAGAAAAAUACCAGUGUCUAUGAAUUUGAACAUCACUGAGCAGCUUACGGAUACUGCCACGAUUGGCGACUGGAAUCUGUGUGGAUUGCCUACAGACGAGCUGUCGAUACAAAACGGCAUUAUUGUCACGAAGGCGUCACGGUUUCCUCUUCUCAUCGAUCCGCAAACACAGGGCAACUGGAUUAAAAAUAUGGAGAAAUACAACGAACUUAUUGUUACUACUUUGAAUCAUAAAUAUUUUAGAAAUCACAUGGAAGAUUGUGUGUCGCUAGGAAGACCUUUACUUAUCGAAGAUGUUGCUGAAGAACUAGAUCCAGCUUUGGAUAAUAUUCUAGAACGGAAUUAUAUCAAAAUUGGAUCUUCUUACAAGGUGAGGUUAGGUGACAAAGAAAUUGAUGUUACGGCUGGUCAUAAAAUAUACAUUACGACAAAACUUCCCAAUCCCGCGUACACUCCAGAGAUUUCAGCACGAACUUCAAUCAUUGAUUUUACUGUGACUAUGCAAGGUUUGGAGGAUCAAUUAUUGGGUCGAGUGAUCUUAACGGAGAAGGCAGAGAUGGAGGCAGAACGUACUCAGUUGAUUAUGGACGUAACCGCAAACCGACGGAAGAUGCAAGAGUUGGAAGCCAAUCUGUUGCACAAACUGACGACUAUACAAGGAUCGCUAGUAGAGGACGUGUCUUUGAUUCAAGUGUUGAACGUCACGAAGGCUACUGCUACUGAGGUAAGAGAAAAACUAGACGUUGCCAAAGAAACUGAGAUAAAAAUCAAUGCGGCACGAGAAGAGUUCCGUCCUGUAGCUACAAGGGGAUCGUGUUAGUACUUCUUGGUCUGCAACAUGUCGCUCGUGUGCAACAUGUAUCAGACGUCGCUGGCGCAGUUUCUGGAGAGGUUUGACAUAUCUAUGGAAAGGUCGCCUCAGAGCCCCAUAACAAGUAGGAGAAUUGGAUUCAUCAUUGACUAUUUGACAUACGACGUGUUCAAGUACAUCAGUCGCGGAUUUUAUGAAAAGCACAAAUAUUUGUUUACUUUACUGCUGACUUUAAAAAUCGACUUGCAGAAAGAAUAUAUAAAUUAUGACGAAUUUCAAACCUUGAUUAAAGGCGGUGCUGCAUUGGAUCUGAAUGCUUGCCCGCCUAAGCCCUUCAAGUGGGUCACGGACAUGUCUUGGUUAAACUUGGUGCAAUUGAGCGGUUUACGGCAGUUUACCAAUAUUUUAAACCAGGUGGCUAAUAAUGAGAAAGGAUGGAAAAAUUGGUUUGACAAAGAAGCACCAGAAGACGAGCCCUUACCUGAUGGAUAUCAUACACUAGAUGUUUACAGGAAAUUGCUUGUUGUUCGUUCCUGGUCUCCUGAUCGUACCCUAGCGCAGAGCUUGAAAUAUGUUUGUUCUUCAAUGGGAGCUAGAUUUUCAGAAGCUGUGAUUGUCAAUUAUGAGCAAAUGGUGAUGGAAGCGCGACCGCUAGUGCCGCUCAUUGGGUUCUUGGCGAUGGGUUCUGACCCUACUCCUUCCAUCGAAGGGACUGCCAAGCGGCUGGAAUGUCUUUGCUCCUCUAUAUCAAUGGGUCAAGGUCAGGAAGUACAUGCAAGAAAAUUAAUUGACCGCGGUAUUAACGAGGGAUUAUGGGUGCUUCUUCAAAAUUGUCACUUGGGUUUAGAGUAUAUGGUUGAGAUAAUGGAACAAUUUGCUGAACUAGAAAAAACUCCGGAAAAGGUUCACGAAACGUUUAGACUGUGGAUCACUACAGAAGUGCAUGAUAAGUUCCCAAUCACUUUACUCCAGAUGUCUAUAAAGUAUACUUGUGAACCGCCAUCAGGUAUAAAAGCCGGAUUGAUGCGGACAUAUGAUUCAAUGAGCCAAGACUUCCUAGACUACAGUGACAGUCCAUUCUAUUUACCGCUUAUUUAUACGAUAUCGUUCUUGCACACUGUGGUACAAGAGAGACGCAAGUUCGGCCCACUCGGGUGGAACAUACCUUACGAGUUCAAUUCUGCGGAUUGGUUGUCGUGUUGUAUGUUUGUGCAGAAUCAUUUGGACGGGUUGGAACAGGGACAGACUAUCAGUUGGACUACUGUAAGAUACAUGGUAUCAGCUGUUCAAUACGGAGGUCGUGUUACUGAUGACUAUGAUAAUCGGUUGCUCGGCACCUUCUGUCGCGUGUGGUUCACCGACCAACUAUUUACGGAGGACUUCCAGUUCUACAAGGGUUACGGAAUUAUGAAGUUCAAGAACAUUCCAGAAUAUCUUGAAGAGAUUGAUAAAAUGAAGACUGUUGAUCCACCGCAAGCUUACGGACUGCAUACUAAUGCAGAUAUUACUUACCAACGUAGUAAGACUCAGGAAUUGUUGGAUACAAUACUCUCUAUACAACCCAAAGAGUCUAGUUCUGGUGGUGGAGAGACCCGCGAGGCUUCAGUUUAUAGACAAUCUAAAGAGAUGCUGGACAAAGUUCCGCCCAAUUUCGACCCGCAUGAGGUCAAGGAGAGAUUGAGAUAUUACGGAAUGCUGAAUUCAAUGGUGAUUUUCUUGCGUCAAGAAAUCGAUCGAAUGCAGAAAGUGAUUUCACUCGUGAGAACCACGUUAAGAGAUUUGCUCUUGGCUAUUGACGGCACUAUAAUUAUGAAUGAAGCACUUCGUGACUCGUUGGAUAGUAUUUAUGACGCAAAAGUGCCAAAGUUGUGGUUGAGGAGCUCAUGGUCUUCAUCCACACUCGGUUUCUGGUUCACCGAGUUUUUGGAAAGGAAUAUACAGUUUUCGACGUGGUGUUUUCAAGCAAGACCUUUCUCAUUCUGGAUGACCGGUUUUUUUAAUCCUCAAGGAUUUUUGACGGCUAUGCGUCAAGAGGUAACACGAGCACAUAAAGGUUGGGCUUUGGAUAUGGUUUCAUUGCACAAUGAUGUCACAAAGAUUUACUACGAGGAGGUUAAGGCACCGCCACCAGAAGGUGUUUUCAUUCAUGGCGUAUUUUUGGACGGUGCUGGAUGGGAUCGUCGUAAUAUAAGACUCUGCGAGUCAACCCUCAAGGUUCUAUAUACUGCCCUGCCGGUAAUACACGUGUAUGCUAUCAAUUCUACUGCCCCUAAGGAUCCGAAGUUAUACCAGUGUCCAGUGUAUAAGAAGCCUUGUCGUACCGGACUGACAUUCAUCACGCCCUUAUGGCUGCCCACCAUUAAAAACCCUGAUCAUUGGAUUCUGAGAGGUGUAGCUAUUUUGUGUGACAUUAAAUAGAGUAUUUUGUGGGUGAUCCGAGGUGUAUCAAAACAAGUGUUCCUGUUUGUCGUCUUCCUUGUUUCGGAGAGGCACAUUUUUUAUCAUUAUUAUGUAUUGUGUGUGGUAUUUAUUAUAAUAUUAUGCAUUUGAUUUUUAAUGGUAGGUAUUAAUAAUUGUCUUAUUAUGUUUUUUUUUAUUAUUUUGUGAUAUUACCGAAAUAAAACAUAUUAUUUUUUGAAAUCAUGGUAAAAGCAUUGGA